AUGACUGACGUUAGCAUUGAAAAGACUCAAAUUUUACAAAAAUAUCUAGACCUAGAUCAAAGAGGUGUUAUAAUCGCUGAAUACGUCUGGGUGGACGGUACCGGCCACUUGCGUUCCAAGGGUAGAACUUUAAAGAAGAAGAUCACUUCUGUGGAUCAACUACCAGAAUGGAACUUUGAUGGUUCUUCCACCAACCAAGCUCCAGGUUACGAUUCUGAUAUCUAUUUGAAGCCUGUUGCUUUCUACCCAGAUCCUUUCAGAAGAGGUGACAACGUUGUUGUCUUGGCCGCUUGUUACAACAAUGACGGUACUCCAAACAAGUUCAACCAUAGACAUGAAGCCGCUAAACUAUUUAACGCUCACAAGGAUGAAGAAAUUUGGUUCGGUCUAGAACAAGAAUAUACUUUGUUCGAUAUGUACGAUGACGUUUACGGAUGGCCAAAGGGUGGGUUCCCAGCUCCACAAGGUCCUUACUACUGUGGUGUCGGUGCCGGUAAAGUGUACGCAAGAGAUGUCAUUGAAGCUCAUUACAGAGCUUGUCUUUAUGCUGGUAUUGAAUUAUCCGGUAUUAACGCUGAAGUUAUGCCUUCUCAAUGGGAAUUCCAAGUCGGUCCAUGUACCGGUAUUGAAAUGGGUGAUCAAUUAUGGAUGGCUAGAUAUUUCCUACAUAGAGUGGCUGAAGAAUUCGGUGUUAAGAUUUCUUUCCAUCCAAAACCAUUGAAGGGUGACUGGAAUGGUGCUGGUUGUCAUACUAAUGUUUCCACUAAGAAGAUGAGAGCUCCAGGUGGUAUGAAAUACAUUGAACAAGCCAUUGAAGCUUUGUCUAAGAGACACGCUGAACAUAUUAAAUUGUACGGUGCUGAUAACGAACAAAGAUUGACUGGUAGACAUGAAACAGCUUCCAUGACUGCCUUCUCAUCAGGUGUUGCUAACAGAGGUGCUUCUAUUAGAAUUCCAAGAUCUGUCGCCAAGGAAGGUUACGGGUACUUUGAAGAUCGUAGACCUGCUUCUAACAUUGAUCCAUAUUUAGUUACUGGUAUCAUGUGUGAAACCGUUUGUGGUGCCAUUGAAAACGCUGAUAUGAGCAAAGAAUUCGAAAGAGAAUCCUCAUAA